AUGUCUAACAGCGUUGCUCCAGAGGCUGUAAUUCCCAUCGAGGCAACCCUUAUGGCCUUGGCCAUAUUCUUGGCUUCUGGUCGACUGGUUCCCCGCCUUUUACAACGACAGUAUCCUACUGUUAGCGACAGUCUCUUGAUAGCGUCUAUCCUGGAUGCCAUCGGCCUUUUCGUUACCGACUACCUGACGUACAUAUGGGGUGGCAUGACGGAUGAUGCAGAGGCAUCGACCGCUCGUGUGAUCGCUCUCAAGAAGGUGCAAUUCGCCGGCAAUGCAUUCUACGACACUGGCAUCUACUGGCCAAAGUUGGCAAUCCUCGCGCUAUACUAUAGGCUCAUCCCUCCGACGAUGCCGUGGUUGCGAAAAGCACUUUACGCAGUGACCCUUUUCACUGCAAGUGCCAUGGUAUCGACAUUUUUUCUCGACACUUUCUGGUGCGGGCGCCAGGUCUCUUCGAAUUGGUCCGCUGAUGAGGCAGCGUGUAAUACGUUCAGCUCCAAAGAGGUUUUCAGGAUCGACUGGAGCCUUAAUAUCACCUCCGACAUGUUCAUCUUCGCGUUGCCAUUCCCCCUACUUCGUUCACUACAGCUUCGGCGUCGCCAGAUCUGGGGUCUUGUAGCGACAUUCUCACUUGGCAUUGUCACGAUAGCAAUGAGUGUGCUUCGGUUCGCAACGAUAGAGGUCAUAUAUGCCUGGACCAACGUCUACGUCCUGUCCAUGACCGAAAUGGCUGUCGCCAUCAUGGUAGCAACGAAGAUGGCUCACUACAUUGAUGGGAAAGACUGCAUGAUCUCAGAAUGGAUCCUCCUGAUCUUCGCAUACUGUUUCGUUGCGGCGCGCAUGUACACGCGCCUGUUUCGUCUGCGCUCGAGGUUGGACGCGUCGGAUUAUCUGUUGUUGGCUUCUGCGUUGGUUGCGUUGGGGUUGAUCAUUUGCGAUACACUCACGUAUCAGAUGGGUGUGCUGGAUGAGUAUGAGACGUCGGAGAAGCUGUCGAAGAUCUCAUUCGCCUCGAACUACUUCUACGAUGUCGGAAUGGGCUUCCCCAAACUCAGCAUGCUGGCUUUCUACUGGGCGUUCUUCAACCUCGCUGGUCACCCUGGACUGCGCAAGAUGCUCUUCGGUAUCACGGCUUUUGUCGUCGCGAGCUACCUGACUAUCCUCUUCGACGAUACCUUCUUCUGCGGCACACCUGUAUCCGUCCAGUGGUCUCAGGAAGAGGGCGCAUGCUCCGUCUUCUACGCGCCAGAGCCGUUCAUCUUGAACUUUACUCUCAACUUGGCUUGCUACCUGGCGGUCUACGCGGUUCCUGUUGUGCUCCUGAUGAAGGGUGUGUUGAGGUCAUCGGCUGGUGUGGGUCUUACGUUCGCGCUCGGUGCGCUCACUAUUGCCUCGAGCAUUGUACGCUUCGCCUGCCUCAAGAUUGGUACUGGUCAAGAGAACCUUGUUUAUCCUUUGAGUAUGGUGGAGAUGACUCUUUCGAUCAUUGUUGUUGCGCUGCCAGGACUGAAGCCUCUCGCGAGGAAUACCAAGGUCUAG